UGCGCAUGUGCCCCUUUCGCAGGGCAUGAGGUCGCAGUAGUCAGCUGAAACGAACCAAACCGGUUGUUGUUGAAAACAUGGCGGCUUUCAGUAAAUAUCUAACUGCGAAAAACUCCUGCUUAGCAUGUGGUGGCUUGUUGUUGCUCUACUUGUUAAGGCACAGAAGUCAAGCGCGCAGAAAACUCAGUCUCAAAGGAACCUCCCAACUUGUAGUGAGCACAGAGAAAGAUGGAAAAAAAGACAAAGCAGCAGUGGAUAAGGUUUUUUUUUUCCGAAUCCUCCGAAUUCUUCGCAUCAUGGUGCCACGAUUUUUCUCUAUGGAGACCGCUUACCUACUCCUCAUUGCUACCAUGUUGGUGGCCAGGACCUAUUGUGACGUGUGGAUGAUCCAAAAUGGUACCAUGAUUGAAAGUGCAAUCAUCGGGCGCUCAACAAAAGACUUCAAGAUCUUCUUGUUCAGCUUUAUCAAAUUCAUGCCAAUUAUAGCUUUGGUGAACAACUUCCUGAAGUUGGGCCUAAACGAGCUAAAGUUGAGGUUCCGUGAGAGGCUCACAAAGAAGCUGUACGAUCAGUACCUCCAAGGUUUCACUUACUACAAAAUGGGAAACCUGGACAACCGCAUAGCUAAUGCAGACCAGUUAUUGACACAAGAUGUGGAAAAAUUCUGUAACAGUGUGGUGGAUCUUUACUCAAACCUCAGCAAGCCUCUGCUAGAUAUUUUUCUGUACAUCUUCAAGCUGACCAGUGCCAUCGGUGCUCAGGGCCCAGCAGUCAUGAUGACUUACCUGCUGAUCUCAGGCCUGUUCUUGACCAGACUGAGGAGGCCCAUCGGAAAGAUGACAGUGGCUGAGCAGCGCUUUGAGGGAGAGUACCGCUAUGUGAAUUCACGCCUCAUCACAAACAGUGAGGAGAUUGCCUUCUACAAUGGAAACAUGAGGGAAAAGCAGACUAUCCAUGCCACAUUCAAGAAACUUGUGGAUCACUUGCAUAACUUUAUCUUCUUUCGCUUCUCUAUGGGGUUUGUGGACAGCAUUAUUGCAAAAUACGUAGCAACAGUGGUGGGCUACUUGGUUGUCAGCCGGCCCUUUCUGAACUUGUCCGACCCCCGACACCUGCACAGUACACACUCUGAGCUGCUGGAGGACUACUACCAGAGUGGCAGGAUGCUCCUGAGAAUGUCUCAGGCCCUCGGCAGGAUUGUACUAGCUGGCCGGGAGAUGACCCGCCUUUCUGGGUUCACUGCUCGAAUCACUGAACUGAUGACAGUUUUGAAGGAGCUGAAUGCUGGCAAAUAUGAACGCACCAUGGUUUCCCAACAGGACAGGGCAGAGACUGCAGAAAAAAACAUACUGGUCCCUGGAAGUGGUCAAGUGAUUAACAGAGACCAUAUUAUUAAGUUUGACCACACUCCACUUGCAACACCAAACGGAGACCUACUGAUCAGAGACCUCACAUUUGAGGUGAGGUCUGGCACCAAUGUUCUUGUGUGUGGACCAAACGGCUGUGGAAAAAGCUCCUUGUUUAGAGUGCUUGGAGAGUUGUGGCCAUUGUUUGGUGGAAGUCUGACGAAACCUGAGCGAGGAAAGCUGUUCUAUGUUCCACAGAGACCUUACAUGACCCUGGGUUCUCUGAGGGAUCAAGUAAUUUAUCCAGACAGUGUUGAAGAGCAGCGAAGGAAAGGCAUCUCAGAUCAGAUACUGAAGGAGUAUCUUGACAACGUUCAGCUUGGCCACAUUCUAGACAGGGAGGGCAGCUGGGACGCUGUCCAGGAUUGGAUGGAUGUUCUCAGUGGAGGGGAGAAGCAGCGAAUGGCGAUGGCCAGACUGUUCUACCACAAGCCCCAGUUUGCCAUCCUGGAUGAGUGUACCAGUGCAGUGAGUGUCGAUGUGGAGGACUACAUUUACAGCCACUGCAGAACGGUGGGCAUUUCGUUGUUUACAGUGUCACACAGAAAGUCCCUGUGGAAGCACCAUGAGUACUAUCUCCACAUGGACGGGAGAGGAAACUACGAGUUCAAGCCCAUCACACAGGAAACUGUAGAGUUUGGCUCUUAAAUACCUCUUGGCAGAGGCCAUGCAUCCACUGUUCUCUAAGAAACAGUCCAUUUACCCGGUUCUUUCAAAAUGCAAUUUACAGCUAAUACUAGAAAAUUGUAAUUAUUUAUAAUGUAUGUUUUUUGCUAUGUAACAUAUUAAUUUAGUUUGGGCUAAUUAUUGUGAUUUUGUUAUAUGUUGUUAAUUUUUCACAUCUAAGAUGCCUGUUUAUAAAGACAGUGAAGUGGGUGUUAGACUUUACUAAACUGCACUUUGACCGUCUGUGCACCAGAUCAUAUCCCACUGCAGUGACAGGUUGGACUGAUGAAAUAAUGUGAUCUCCUUUGAAAAGCUGCAUUGUUUUAGAAAAGAAUCUGAAGUAUUUUUCAAAAUGUAUGAUUGAUUCUCCAGGAAUCAUGGUCAUCUCACAUGCUGCCUCUAAAACUGUGAGCAGAAAAGCUGCUUUUCCUGUAAAGUAAUAAGGCCACUUGGUCGGGUCUACAUCAGUUGUUCAAGAUCUUAAUCAUUCCACUGUGGGCACUGAUCAUUGCUCCUCUCUUGAUUAUUAUUGCUGUUCUUUUCUCGUUGUUUUCUAGACCCAAAUCAUAAAGAUAAUUGGGGACUGAUAGAACAGUUGUUUAAACUAAAGUUUGUAAUUUUUUUUCUAAAUCAUGUAGACUUAUAAGAAUUACCUAAAACAGGUUUUGGUACUCUUCUGAACACAGUUUCAAUGCAACUUCAGUUAACGGUCGUAAUUAUGUUUGCUGACACCUGAAGAUCCAGAGACCAGCAGGUAUAUAGAGUGUUUGCUCCCUUUUUAACUGACCUCAUUUCAGGUUUGUAAAGCAGUUUUUAAACGUGCGGUUGGUGUUGCUCAGGUGGUGGGAUGCAAAGGGUUUAAAACUCAUUUUGGUUGAACUGGGUUUAAAGUUAGUGCUAUAUUAUUAUAGAGACGCACACACAAUGCUUAUUUCACUCUAAUGUACUUGCUAAAUAACAUUUUGGAAUGUGUAAAGAGGCCUUAACUGCACUGUUGGUUUUAUAUGAAUAAUUACUGUCAUAUCAUUUUGCACUUAAAAUGUAAAAAUAAAUUGUAGGACAACCAAAU